AUGGCGGCUCCACUGAAUGCUAUCUCGAGGUGGGCAGUCCCUGUCGGUAUAGUCUUCGCGCUCGGUCAGGCUGCUAUGUACGAUGUCCGAGGUGGCACUCGAGCGGUCAUCUUCGAUCGACUGUCCGGUGUCCAGGAAGCCGUUGUCAAUGAAGGCACACAUUUCCUCAUCCCGUGGUUGCAGAAGAGUAUCAUAUACGAUGUCAGGACAAAGCCUCGAAACAUCAGCACGACGACUGGAAGCAAGGACUUGCAGAUGGUCAGCUUGACUCUAAGGGUGCUUCAUCGACCCGAAGUACAGAAAUUACCAAAGAUCUAUCAGUCACUUGGUCAAGAUUACGAUGAAAGAGUCCUUCCCUCCAUCGGCAAUGAAGUCCUGAAAGCAAUCGUCGCACAGUUCGACGCCGCAGAGCUCAUCACUCAACGAGAGGCUGUGUCGCAACGAAUCCGGACCGAUCUUAUGCGUCGGGCGUCGGAAUUUAAUAUCGCUCUCGAAGACGUCUCCAUUACCCAUAUGACCUUUGGUCGCGAAUUCACUCGUGCCGUCGAGCAGAAGCAGAUCGCUCAACAAGAUGCUGAAAGAGCAAGGUUCAUCGUCGAGAAGGCUGAACAGGAAAGGCAGGCCAAUGUUAUCAGGGCCGAGGGAGAAGCAGAGUCAGCGGAUAUCAUCAGUAAGGCUGUGGCGAAAGCAGGAGAUGGCUUGAUCCGAAUCAGAAGAAUCGAAGCUAGUAGGGACAUUGCGCAGACGCUUGCAGGGAAUCCAAACGUUACCUAUCUACCUAACGGAGAAGGGGGAGAAGGUGGUGGAAAGAGCACAGGCUUGCUGCUUGGUCUGAGAAGUUGA